UCUAAUGUUUGUAUCUCAGGGAGGAAUGGAGGCGUGUCUUUACUGUAAACAUGAGUCAGGAAGAACUCACUAAACUCUUCACUGCAGAUUAUUUACGCCUUCUUUAACAGUAUUUUCUUCAAAUCUAAACUUGUCACUCGACUCUGACUUUGUCCUCGAUACUGCUGGCACCAUGACAGUGUUUGAAAACUGUACUGUGGUGUUAGAUGUGAAAAAUCUGCCUUUUAAAGAGAAGAAUAAACUGAGACUAGCUCUUCUGGAGAAUGGAGGAAACAUCUCAUAUGUCAUCAACACAGCGUGCUCUUUUGUAGUCACUAGCAGUGUGAAUGACCUUAGCAGUAACCGGCAGCGCAGCAUCCUGAAGCUCCAGAUCCCAGUGGUCGGGACGCAGUAUGUGUGGAGCUGUCUGGACCAAGGGCAUCUCCUGCCUUUGACGGAGCAUGAUUUGGCCCCACAGCUGGCGUAUCCUGGCUCUCAAUUCCUUCCCCGUUCAGAGGUAAAAGAGUCGACACACAAACUAGAAAAAGAGAAGUUCAAAGGUCACAAUGAACUCACAAAGACUGAGCUUGAGAUUCUUGAGAAGGGUGGACCCCGUCCUGACAGGUUCAGAGUUUAUAAAGAAGGCGACCAUGGCCUGCCUGAAUUUCCUUCUUAUUUUCAAGUAGCCAAGUAUUCGGUUUUUGAGAGGGUCAAACCCAAGGCUUUGUCUGUUUUGGAGCUGCAGAGUGCCAAAGGUCGAGCAGGCCAGCAGUAUCGUGUGUUGUGUUCAGUCUUGCGUGAAGCUGAGACCGCUGUGGUUCAAGACAAGCUUGUGUUCUGCGUGACGUCUGAAGAUGCAGUGGAAGCAUAUCUGCAGCUGAUGAAGGAGAUGGAGACAGAGGGAUUCACAAAGACACACACACUUCCCCCUGAGGUUGAGCGCUUGGCAUCCUACAGCCUGCAGCAGCUGCUGUUGGAGGAGAAGCUGAACUGCAGCACAUUAUCACAGGAAGUUGGUGUCUUCGUGGAGCUGGUUUGGACUGAAGCUCUCGGGUCCCUUAAUAACAUCCUGACAGUCCCUGUCUCCAGAAUCAGCCUCAAUGAUGUGAGCAGGGUGGAGGGAUUGUUACUGCAGGCACAAAAGACGGAGAAAGAGGAUGAAGUCAAAGCCCUGCUGGAGGAGGUCAACACUCUUCUACCCCUCAGAAUGAUCGACCCUCCUUCCAAACACAAGCUUGUGUCUCAGAAACUAGACCUUUGUCAGCUGAUCAGAGAUAUUGUAAAUGUCAGUGAGGCCACUCUGGGAAUCCCCUCGGUCUCGUCUCUGGGAAAGUAUCGAGCUCUGAGGUGCAGCAUUGAGGUUGUUCCACCACAAAACCCUGAGUUUCAUGUUGUCUCUCAACUGCUUCAGGACAGGCCUGUUCAGAUUCAGCAGAUACUGCGUGUCAGCAGAGGGGUGGAGCUUCAGAUGUUUAGGGAGGAUUUAGGCAACAUUAAACCCCUCCUCCACUCCACUAGUUCCAGCAGCUUUGUUGGAAUACUGUCACGAGGUCUGCUGCUGCCCAGGGUUGGAGUUGAACAGCAUGGGAUCGAGAGAACGGAUAUCGGGAAUCUUGGAGGAGGAAUCUACUUCAGUGACUCUCUGAAGACUAGUGUGAAAUACUCCAAGCCCAGUGUAACUGACGGCUCUCGGCUGCUGUUGGUGUGUGAAGUGGCGUUGGGUCGGUGUAAGGACCUGCUGAAGAAAGACAACACUUUGACUUGCGCUCCUGACGGCUGUCACAGUGUACACGGAGUCCGCCGCUCUCCCAGCAGACUCUCUGACUUUGAGGAUGAUGAGUUUGUCGUCUAUAACACAGAGCAGAUCAGAAUGAAGUAUGUGGUCCAGUACAGUCUGGAGGGGGACGAUUUAAAAGAGUUCCAGCCUCAUAUUAACACUCAGCUCAUGCAGAUCAUGGACACAACCGCUGAUGUCUUGUCCAGUGAUGAUGGUGAGGGUUUGGAGUCCACUAAGAAUCCUCUAGAGGAGAUGAACGCAGGUUUGCUGGACAGCAGUGGUCAGAAACUUCCUCUACAGGCUGUCAAUGUGAAGUGCAAGCUGAUGGACCUGCUGUGUCAGGUCAUCAUUUUUCAGACCUACACAAACCAGAGUGCUUUUCCCAUUGAAGCUAAGUAUGUCUUUCCACUGGAGGAGACGGCAGUAGUGUGUGGAUUUGAAGCCUUUAUCAAUGGAAAACACGUCAUUGGAAAGGUAAAGGAAAAAGAGCAGGCUCGUAAGGAGUACAAGCAAGCCAUAGAGAAAGGCCAUGGAGCCUACCUGAUGGACCAGGAUGCACCUGAUGUAUUUACUAUCAGUGUGGGGAAUCUUCCUCCUGGAGCCACAGUUCUGAUCAAAGUGACGUUUAUCACUGAGCUGCUGGUCAGAUCAGGCUCUAUAAUCUUCUCACUGUCCGGCAGCGUGGCACCAUGGCAACAGAGCGCCGCCCUUAAUCAGACAACUCAGGCAACUGUUGAAAAGAUUGGUGUGACGGAGCUUCAGUCAGAGGGAGAGUUUUCUCUGUCUAUGUCCAUUGAAAUGCCUUAUGAGAUCAUCAACUUGAGCUCUUCACACCGCAUCAAAACCAAGAGGACAGACUGUAAGGCAGUGAUCAGCACGUUACCGGGACAGACUCUGGGAUCUGAAGGGUUACAAGUGUCCUUCAGUCUUUCUAAUAUCCACAUGCCCAGGAUGUGGGUCGAGAACCAUCCGGAUAAAGAUAGUCAGGCCUGCAUGCUGGUGUUUUAUCCAGACUUUAAGUCAAGUGGGGUGUCCAGCUCUGGAGGUCUGUCCAAUGUGAGCGAUGUGGUCAUUCUACUGGACUCCUCCAAGUCCAUGCGGGGAGACGCCAUGCUAAACGCCCGCAGGAUUGCCCUUCAAGUCCUCAAAUCUCUGGAUCACUCACUGAAGAUCAACAUCAUCUCUUUCAGCACUGAUUACAAGGAAGCGUUUCCUGCACCAGUGCCUUUAUUUGAGGCAUCUGAAGCAGCCAGAAAAUUUAUUAUGUCGUGUAGCGGCUCUGGUGGCAGCACUGAUCUGUGGCGGCCUCUCCGGAUCCUGAGUCUGCUGCCUCCCUGCCGGGGCGUGAGGAACAUCCUGCUGCUCUCUGAUGGACAUGUCCAGAACCAGCCUCUGACCCUACAGCUGGUCCGGGAAAACUCCUGCCACACGCGCCUCUUCACCUGCGGACUCAGCUUGACAGCUAAUCGUCAUAUGCUCAGAGCUUUGGCUCAGGCAGGUGGAGGAACAUAUGAAUUUUUUGACACAAAGAUGAAAUACACUUGGACAGAGAAGGUGCGUGCUCAGGUCGAGCGUAUGGAGUCUCCAGGCUGCAGAUCAGUGGCAGUGAAGUGGCAGCAGUUUAGUCCCACAGCGCCCCGUCCUGUUCAAGCCCCUUCACAGCUUCACGCCCUCUUCAGUGACUGUCACUCUCUGGUGUACGGCUUUGUGCCACACUGCACUCAGGCCACACUGUUUGGUGAUUUGAGUGGACAAGAGAUCAAAACCAUGGUUUCCACUACAGAACUACAAAAGACAAAAGGAACUUUCCUUCACAAGUUAACAGCAAGAGCGAUCAUCAGAGACUAUGAAGAUGGCAUUCUAGGCAACAGUGAGGCAGAACACGAGGGGAAGAAAGCAGAGCUGAAGUCCUACAUCAUUGAGAUCAGUAAAGAGUUCUCCAUCUUGUCCCAGUUCACAAGUUUUGUCGCCGUUGAAGAGAGGGACCAGAAUGAGCUUGACACUGGAUUCACAGAUAUUCCUAAAAUUGUAUCAGAAGAGGAUGUGGAUAUUUUACCAUAUAUGGGCUGGACUGAAGAGAAGCUGAAGACUGUGCAAAUCAUUGGUGCUGAAGAUGACAUAUCGAUGGAAUCAGAUCGAUUCAGCAGUAGCUCCACAUCUGAAGAAAUCCAGUUUUCUACUUGUGAAGCAGUCAACUUUGAUGAUAAUGAUUCAGAGGAUGACUAUGAAUCUGUUCAUUUUUUAAAAGGAUCAGCAUAUAGCCGUGCUCUUCCUCGCUCCAGAAACCUCUGGCGUCGUUCAUGUUUUGAAGGUAGCACUGACACUUUCUAUCCGAAAAUUAAACAUGCUAUAACACAUCCUUAUCACCUUUCCAUCAAGAAUGGUGCAUUAACGGAUGCUCCCAGUCCCUUUUGUCUACAGAAAAAGUCAGUAGAACCUCUCCUCAUGGCUAACAGACCUUCUCUCACUUCUCCUUCUGGUGGUGCCCCCAUGAGUGUCAGACUUCCCCCCCCAGAUGACUCCCGGGUUACAGCCUUGAUGCAUCCUCUCCAUGAUCUCCUUGAAUCUGAGGCAAUGGCAUCUUACAGACUUGAUUCCCAUAUAGGCAUGACUCCCGUAGGUGCCUCAGUGGAUGCACUUCUUCCUCAACACCAAUCUUCCUUCAUGGGUUUCCCUCCCCCUGCCACUCACCUUUCCUCUGCCAGAGGGUCCGCCACUGGAUUUAUGCCACCAACUCCUCCUAUCUGUGCAGAUCUUCCUCUUCAUCUUGUAUCUCAGUCAUUGAUGUCCAUGACUUCCAGCCCUGCUCCUCCUCCUACUCUUUUUGGCCCAUCUUAUUGCAGGAGGGGCUUGGCUGCUGAUCAACCCACAGGGUCUGCACCACUCUCUCUCCCUCACUUUGGUGGUUUCCUCCAACAAUCCUACAAACAGUCUUUGGGUUUUGGUUCCUCAGACUCUGGACCCUUUGGAGCAUCUCUGUCAUUUAAUAUACACAGUGCCGCUCCUCUCCCAGCUCCCCAUCGUCCUGCUCCCUCUGUUCUCUUUGGUCAACCUACAGUUCCCAAGCAAGCUGUUGGAAUGUCAAAUGUGGUUGCAUGUGGUGGCACUACUAGUGUCCUGCAAAAGACAACUGAGCCUGAACAGUAUUAUGAUUUCUCAGUCUCUAGCUUUGGAGCAUCUCAGCAACAACAACAAUGCCUUGUGUUUUCUGCACCUGCUAAAACCAUUCCUAAGUUUAGAGGGAACAUGGCUCUGUCAUUUCGGGAAAAACGAAUGAGAAGACCUCACACAGUAGCCUGGAAUGAGCUGUUUGAACUUCAGCAUGAGGAUGGAUACUGGGAGUGCACUGACAGGCUGAGCAGCUUCCUCAACCUGGACGUUGACUUUUUUGCCAAUGUCUUCCUUAAGGAGAAAGGCAUCUGCUCUUUUGGUGUGAAGGCUCAUGCUGACAUUCUGAGGCUGGUGGCGACUCUGCUGGUGCUGCAGCUGAUCCGGGUGAAGAAGCUGGCAGUGGGACAGCUGCUCGAGUCUCUCCUCCGGCUGAAAGAGUCCCAGGAGCCCAGACCGAUGUACUGGGAAGCAGUGAAGAGGGCCGUGGACUGGGCCUGCCAGACAGACAGACAGUAUCCGUGUGUGUGCAGCAGGCUGGAGAUCGGCUGGGAUUGGGAAUCAUCUACACGUCAACUACUGGGCUGUGAUUCUCCACACCCAUAUUCCCCACUCAGACCUGUUCUGGAGAGACGUACAGGUGUAUCAGUCAUGUAGAAACUGGAGUUGCUGUUUAACUUGAUGUAUUGCGUAAGCAACUGCUUUACGGAAACGCCAACCCUGUUGGACACUUCAGUCAUACUUAAAAAAUGUCUGAAUUUCAUUGCAAAAUGUCAAACCAAGUGUCAUUUACAAAUAAAUUAAACAAAACUAA